AUGAAUUUAGAUAAUGAUAAAGAACUCAAUGAUCUCCUCGAUCUCAACGCCGUGAAACAUCGAACACGUUUUUCAAAUAGUGCUAUCAGUACAUCAGCAUUAUCUCGACUUCCUCUUCCGAUGUUAUGCUCAACUGCUGCUUAUCGAACUGGAACUCAUCUUCCACCAACAAAUACUGAAUCAAUUUAUACAACGAAUAGUACUAAUUCAACUAAAGAUUAUUGGAUACCAUCCACAACAUAUGAUGAAACGAUUUAUGAAGGGAAUUAUAGUAAUCGUGAUAUUCUUCAUCCAUUUAUAACAUCCGAACCAUUGAAUCAAUCUAGUGAAUAUUCCUCAUCAAAUUCAACAUCUCGUACAUCAACAACUGAUUUGACAUAUUCCGAAAAACUUAAUGAAAAAACUCGUCGACCGACAAAUGUAAGUAAUGACUUUCUUGUUUUUUCAAUUGUCAUAAAAAAAAAGAAAAAAACGUUUUCACCACUCUUUAUAAUUAUUUAA